AUCUCCCUGGAUAUCCUGAUCAUGUCACCUGUACUGUCACUCGAAGGAAAAACCGCCAUCGUCACUGGUGGCGCUGGAGGUUUAGGUCUUGCUAUUACAGAUCUCUUCCUGGAAGCAGGCGCGAAUGUGGUUGCUGUUGAUAUCAACACGGAUCUGGUGCAGAAGUUCGAAGCUUCUCACGACAAGUCGAAAGCGGUUGCCAUCGAAGCAAACGUGACCAUAGAGGAUGAUCUACAGGAUCUGUUCAAGACGACAAUUAAGCGAUUUGGCCAGAUUGAUAUCAUCGUCAACAAUGCAGGACUUACUGAUCGCNNCUUGGUACGUUUGUCCAGACCCAACAAGGCACCCUGUUUCGCGCGCUUCCCUGAGAACUUCCUUGUGCCUGAUGACCCAGUAGGCUCUCUGGAGAAGGAUCUCUGGGAUCGCAUUAUUGCAGUCAAUCUGACUGCGCCUAUGAUGGUCACCAAGCUCGGCGUUAACCACAUGUUGGAGAAGCAGAUCAAGGGCUCAAUCAUCAACAUUGGAUCCGUAGCUGCCUUGCGCGGAUUCGCAGCUGGUGCUGCUUAUACCUCAUCCAAGCAUGGUCUUGUGGGCUUGACGAAAAACACAGCUGCAUUCUACACGGAUAAGGGCAUCCGAUGUAACGCUGUGCUCCCGUCAGGAAUGGAGACUAAUAUCUCCAAGACCAUUACAAGCAUCAACGAGGAGGGUUUUGACUGCCACAUGAAGGGACCUGUAACCAUGGUCAACCCCAAGGAAGUUGCCCAGACUGUUUUGUUUCUGGCCUCAGAUGCCUCGAACACAAUUAGCGGAUCCUGUAUCGCCACGGACCUUGGCUACGCAGCUUCUUGA